GUUACGGUGCACAACGGCACCAAGCUGCACUUCCGGGGGCAGCGCAUUCGAGAAGCCUUCGAGCAGGAUCUUCUCCAAAAUCAGGGCCUCGCUAAUGCCAGCGACCUGAUCGUGUCUGGUUGCAGCGCUGGUGGUCUGGCAACAUUUCUUCACACCGACCAAUGGUGCGAGUCGCUCCAUGCAGCGCAGCCUUUAGCUAAAUGCGUUGGAAUGCCGGACAGCGGGUUCUUUCUUGACUACCAGGACCCUGAAGUUCGCUGCACUCCAGACAGCUCAGCUCCUGGCCUCCUUACCGAAACCAUCAACGGAGACUAUCACUGCGGUCUGUGGUGGACCUUCCACAUUCAGAAUGCCAGCUCUGGCAUCAAUCAGCGCUGCCUCGCGCGCCACACGAACGAGGAAUGGAGGUGUAUGUUUGCAGAGUACGCGGCAGAGUUCAUUCACUCACCCGUCUUUGCAUUGCAGUCCAUGUAUGAUUCCUGGCAAACCGAUCAUGUGCAAGGGACUGGUGGUGCUGCCAAAACGAAAGUCCUUGGCAAGAACAUCACCGAGCGUCUGCUGAAGAGCUUGCUGGCCAAGAACCCUCGCUCCGGUGCUUUCCUGGACAGCUGCAGGCACCAUUGUGGGUCCUGGAAUUCCAUCAGCAUCGAUGGCGACUUGGUGUCCACGGCUCUCCAGCGGUCAGUCGACCCCGGGCCUCCACGUGCUGGUGCCACCAGGCGGAAGCCCAUCAAGCCGUCAAUGUUGCGCGUGUUCUACGAGCGAGGGGAUCUGCCGGUUCAGAUCUACCAUGGCUCCAUAGGUCGACUGCUGUGGAAGGUGGAUGUUGAAAAACUCGACUACCACCACUACCUGCCGAUAUUCUUCGAUGGGCUGCGCGAGAAAGAGGAUCCUUUCAGGUUCAUGGCCGUCACUGGAGCCUAUGACAUGCUAGAGAAGGGAGGUGAUCGUAUCCUUCCGGUGGUGCCUCAGCUCGUCAUCCCUCUCAAAAGUGCGCUCAAUACACGUGACCCUCAAAUCAUGUGCACAACCAUGAAGCUCAUGCAGAAGCUGGUUCUGAGUGGCGACCUGAUUGGAGAGGCAUUGGUGCCCUACUACCGGCAGCUGCUGCCGGUGUUCUGUCUCUUCAAAGGCAAGAACAUUCCGACGAAGGACAUGGGAGACUACAUGGACUACAGCCAGCGCAAGAAUCUGAACCUAGGAGAUCUGAUCUCAGAAACCCUUCAGAUCUUGGAGGAGCAUGGAGGUGAAGAUGCCUUCAUCAACAUCAAGUACAUGGUCCCCACCUACGAGAGUGCCGUUCUUUGUGGCAUAGCUGCUCAAGCCCUCCACUUGUACACUACUCAGGACUCAGGCGAGCGAUGGCAAGUAUUGGGGGGAGCGGACACGGGGGGUGUUCUCGUGCGAAGUGGGCGCAGCCUCACCUCGGAACAACUCGCAGAGCGCUUGUCCUGUGGCGCACUCAUACUGGAGCUGGAGCUUGUUGGAGAUCGGCUGUGCUACGAGAAGCUGACAGGCCACGGCCCCAAGAAGGGCUGGAUCAGCACGAAGUUGAAAGACAAGAAGCUGGCAGUUCUUGCGAAAGAUGCCAAGACAUCACAGCUUGGAGAAGGCGAAGGCGAGGUGCGGAUAUGGGCGCUGUCAGACAUACACACGGACAAGGCGGAAAACAUGAAAUGGAUAGAGGGAUUGUCGCCAGCUGAGUUUCGCAAUGACGUCUUGAUUUUGGCGGGCGAUGUUGCGAACACCUUCGAAGCAUUGAAGCAUUCUGUGCUUCUUCUGCGGGAGAGGUUUGGGCGCGUUUUCUUCUGUCCCGGCAAUCACGACCUCUGGAUGCAGGGCUGGAAGAAUGGCGAUUCCAUGGACAAGCUACACGCUAUUGUAGAUUUCUGCAAAUUGCACGACGUCGAAACCUCGCCAGGGAUUGUGGAUACAGGACGAAAACGGGUCCUCGUGGUGCCUUUGGUAUCUUGGCACCACCCUCAGUGGGAUACCGAGCCCGAGCUACUGGAGUGGUCCAACGUGCCAACAGCUGAGAAGACAGUUGCAGACUACUGGGCUACGAAAUGGCCACGGCCUUUGCAAAUCGAGGACGGCUCCGUUGCUCGGGCAAUGGACGAGUGGAACGACAAAGCCACAGGUUAUGCGGAAGCGCUGGCCCGGAAAGAAGAGUUUGACGCCGUCAUCUCAUUUUCACAUUUUGUGCCGCGAUUGGAGCUUGUCCCAGAGAAGAGAUACUUGAUACCCGCCUGCCUCUCCAAAGCUGUGGGCUCUUCGUACCUUCAAGAUCGUGUGGCAAGACUGAAGCCUCAUGUUCAUGUUUUCGGACAUACCCACUUCGGCUAUGACAUGGAAAUCGACGGGACCCGCUUCCUGCAAGCGGCUUUGGCCACUCCACAAGAACGGGCCUUCGGCGGCUCCAUCGUUUCCCUGGGGACUUUCCCAGUCAUCGAGGCCUCGAAGCCAUGUAAGGUCUGGGAUUCAGAUCAGGGCUGGCCUUCGAUCUAUCGGAGCUCAUGGUGUGAAUAUUAUCGCAGGUAUGGGCGCCAAGCGCACGUUACCUCUAUUGUCCCGUCGGUGUGCUGCAACUUCUACAGCCCCACGGCCGCCAGCAAGUCAGGAUGGAUUGCUGGGCGCAUGCCAAUAUGGCUAUUUGGGCCCUUGCAGCAUCGGCUCUACGAGGCUCAAAUGGUUCUCCGAGAAGUUCGCGACAUCACGGGUAAGGAUGCACGUGACGCGCGGGGUUCCAUCGCUUCGACGUCGCCACUGAGUGCCACGGGCGAGCCGAGCUUCGUGUCUGCAGGCGACGCGAUUCGUCUGCACGCUGAAGGUGAGCAUGUCUUCGUGAACAUCCGCAGUGAUGCGGGCACGCCAGGCCUCGUGCAUGUCCCGGAGUCCGUUGUCUUGCCGCAUCCGCGUGCAACAGAGAACCUUGCCUCGUUGCCGGAUGACGAGCUGUUGCUCCUGUGCGAGAGCUUAAAUGCACGCUGCGGAAACAUGAUCGUUUACGGCUGCCGGCACGACUUGAAAUCGGCAUGGGAUUCGGCGAUGCUGCUUGCCGGUUACUUUCGUAUCUGGCCUACAGCAAUGACUGUUCUUGAUGGAGGGCUGGAAGCGUGGACAGAGAGGGGCGGGGUGCUCGAACCUGUGUAG